AUGAGAGGGAGGCAAUACCAGCUUGGCCCCGCCCCCGCGCAGCCGGGUACCGCCCUUUCCGGCGGAAAGGUGUGGCGUUAUCCAAGGUGGUGGCAGGACAGUUGUGUCUGUGUGGGCUGGUACAGAAAUGUAACGUGUGUUAUUUACACUGGAAUCAGGAAUCAGGAUACCAGAUUUAACAAUGCAGCCUUCACUACAAACAGUCCUCUUUUCAGCAAAUUUAAACUUGUCUAUUACUACUUCUUUGCUUUCAUGUAUGGAUUGGUUGGUUCCUGCAGUGAUGUGAUUAUGGUUAAUUCUUGGGCGCUAAAUCACAUCCUUUCCCUCUGGAUAGCUGGGGCUUGCACUUGUGUUGUACAUCCACCGUGUGAUGUUCAGACCUUCCUGGAUAUUCCACUGGAAGAGAAGAGCACCAGUGAAUAUUCCAUUGUUUCUGUCAGCCAGUUCAGGCCUGAAAAAGAUCAUCCAUUGCAAAUCAGAGCCUUUGCUAAAUUGCUGGAAGAGAAGAGACUGGGGCAGCAGCCAUCAUUGAAACUUGUCUUAAUUGGAGGCUGUCGUAACCAACAAGAUGAAGAGCGUGUAAAUAACCUUAAGCACCUUUGUGAUGAGCUGGGAGUUAGUAACGAUGUGAUAUUCAGAAUAAACAUUUCCUUUGAGGAGCUAAAGAGACACCUGGCUGAGGCCACCAUCGGCCUGCAUACGAUGUGGAAUGAGCUCUUCGGGAUCGGAGUAGUUGAAUGUAUGGCAGCUGGCACUGUUAUCCUGGCUCACAAUUCUGGAGGUCCCAAAUUAGAUAUUGUGAUACCCUAUGAAGGACAUACUACUGGCUUCCUAGCAGAAAACGAGGACAAUUAUGCCGAGAUGAUGGCUUAUAUCCUUUCUUUGUCUCCUGAAAAAAGGUUAGAGAUCAGACAAAAUGCUCGUCGCUCUGUGCAUAGGUUUUCUGACCAGCAUUUUGAAGAGACGUUCCUGUUAUCUGUGGAGCCAUUAUUUAAAUAAAUGUAUAUAAAUAAAAAGGUGUAUGAAUAAAAUUAACUUUUUAUAUUUGA